UUUUCACUCUGCAGAUGUUUCUUGUUUACAACCAGCGUCGGUAGCUCGUGACGUCAUCCCGUAAAUCGUAAACCGCGGUCCAGCCUCGGACUGAGACUCUACACCACACACACAAACAGUUGAUUCAGUAACAGUCGGAGGAAUAUCCCGCUCCUCUCAGCAUGUCUCCACUCCUCCUCUCCUUCGUCCUGUGCGGGGUUCUUGUGAGCUCACUGGCGCAGACACCGACUCCUUCUCCCGCUCCUGCCCCUUGUGCCCAGAGCUCCAACAGCAGCUGUGAAGAAUGUCUGAUGAACGUGGACUGUCUGUGGUGUGAAGCAACAGGACAAUGUGUCGACUACCCGGUGAGGAACAUCCUGCCCCCCUGCAGUGUGUGUCCUUUGACUGAUGCACGAUGGGGGGUCUGUUGGGUCAACUUCCAGGUCUUGAUCAUCACCAUGUCGGUGCUGGCGGGCAUCGUCGUCAUCGCCGUACUCGUUUGCUGCUUCUGCUGCUGCUGCAAAUGUGAAAGAGCCGGAAACAGGAGAGAAGAUGCACAGGUGGAGCGACAGACCCGUGUGAGGAAGGCUCGUCAGAAGGCAAAGAGAACGGAAAUGCAGCUAAGGCACGAUGAAGUCAGACAGAAAUAUGGUCUGGCAAAGGAAAACCCAUACUCACGUAUGGACGACCGUUAGGAAGAUUCAAAGAGAUUACUUGAUUUUGAUGUGUGGCAACUUUGAUUGACUUUACAUGUAGUUCCGUUUUAAGCAAAAUGGUUUAAAAUCCUAUUGAGUGAAUUUGCACUAUUUCCCUGUAAUGAUGUGUUUUGUUUCUCUUAAUUGUGACAUAAUUCACUGUCUGCCAUUCAUAUUUCUACUGGCUUUGUUUUGCGAUUGAUAUGUAAAAAUAUUCACAUUUAAUUUGCUUUUAUUACACUCACUGUCUUUCAUUAUGGGAACAAUUCAUUCAUUAUUCAUUUGCGUAAAAUACAGUUUUGUUGAAUCUCCGACCACUUAAGAGUUUAUUUGCAUAUUUCGUGUACACAUUUCACUCUUAUUUUGCAGAAGCCCUAGUUUUCUCCUCCAUCCUCUCACAGUCACACCUCACAGUCGGUCCUGUGAUGGAAAUGUGAAUUUUCCUUCUGUUUUACUUGUACGUUGUUUUUCAUUCUGAAAUGAAGAUUCGUUCAUCAGGAAAAUAGCUGCCUUACUGUUUGGUUUAUUUUCACAUUUAAAGUUUUUUUCAUUAUUAUAAUUAUUUAAUUUGUUAAAAAUGUGUUUAAGCUUACACUAAUGCAAGUUCAGGAAAAAAAUCUUAAUAAUUCCCCUUUAGUUCAGACAAAUAUCUGUAACAUGUUGAUGUUCCCUUUCUAUGUUUUCCCAUUUGACAAAUAAAGACAUGUAACAGGUAGAGAAA